GGGGGGGUUUGAUAAAAAUCACGAAAAUAACACAAGGGGGGAGGGGGGGUGUAGUAAGAUAUCUCGUGCAUUUAUUUUUUCGUCAAACGCGCGAUUUUUAAACAAAUAUUAAGCGGCACGGGCGGCGCGGCGUGUAGUGACCUUGACUCGCCGUUGCCAGGCAACGAACGGAGGCCUCACGCGUACGCGCCGCCGGCCGCCCGGCUCGGCAUGCAGUCGCCAGUUAUUCUGUUGUUUUGGCGCCGAAUACAUGCGUAAACCGUUACCUUGUACGUUUUUCAUUAAAACAAUGUUUAAAGUAGGUGAUUUGUAUAAAGACCUUUUCGCCGAGUAUAAGAAAGGAAAAAAACCUAGUAUUGCUCAGAAAGAAUUUAAUGAGUUGUGGGCUAAUGCAAAACAAAAAUAUUCUACAAAAGAAGAAUUUGUGAAGUGGGCGAAUGAUCUUCUAGCAGAUUACCGCCGAAAGCACCAAGCAAAGAAGUCUUCCAAUAUUCUCUAUUAUUGUUCUAAUUCUAAAAAGAAUGCCAGCGAAAAAAUUUCUGUUUUGCCAAUGACAUCCAAUGAGCCAAAUCUACCUGUAAAACUUCCUACGCCUGCGAUAUGCGUCUCACCGAUCGGUACCGAAAUUACUGACGAAGGCAAUGUCACUACUAAAAGCACCUCAACAGGUGCUCGGAAACGUAAAGGUGAAGAUUUGGAUUGUAGCGACGAGAAUUCACCCGAUACACCAAGUGCAAGCAGCUCUAUACUGCAGCCUGUACGUGCUACUCCUGCACAGGAUAAGUUGAAGAAUCAGAUUUCUCUUCUUCAAAUGGAAUUUGACUUAGCUGUUCGUCGUAGGGAUUUUCUGGGCGCCACUGAAAAUGAGACACGUGAUGUGACGAAACUGCGCCGAGAAAUUGAUAAAUGCACAAAAGAACUACGGAAGAAGGAGCAACAUAUGCGUCACUCCCAGUCACAUAGAUUAUCAAUAAAAUCAAAGAUUAAACUUGCUUGCAAUCAGAGUCCGAUUGUAGCUGAUCUUCUUAAGGCGCGUUCUGCCCCAGGUCGCCCACGCCUAGAAGAGCAACAACCGCAAUUGCUAAAAACUAUCGUCGAUUUGGCUAUGUUUGGUGCUUCUGCGGAGGAACGGCGUCGCUCAGAAAUUGUUCGCAGUUGCCGAACACUUACUGACCUCCAUGAAAAGCUAAAGGAGCACGGAUUUCAAAUUUCGAAGAGUGGCACGUAUCUUCGAUUGCUCCCUAGAAAUUAUACCACCUUGGAGGGUAAAAGGCAUGUAGUCACUGUGCCUGUCAAAUUGAGUCGCCCUGAGGCAGAUCACCAUAAGGCUCAUGUCGAUCAACAUUUUUGUGUCGCCACAAUAAGAUCCUUGGAAACGCUGGCAUCUAUUCUCGGGCCAAAACAAGUGUUUUUUUUGUCCCAAGAUGAUAAAGCCCGGGUACCUAUAGGUUUGACAGCGGCAAAUAAACAAGCUCCUCUCCUGAUGCAUGUCGAAUAUCGUGUCUCAUUGCCUGAUCAUGAUUGGGUGAUUGCUGCAAGGCACAAAUUGAUCCCUAGUGUAUAUGCUGGGUGCAUCAUAAAAGGAAAUGAUAUGGGCCGUGCUGAAGCAGUUACUUAUUCAGGGCCAACAUACGUGGCGAUUAGAAGUGGCAAACAUUCCUCUUCGACAGCUUCUACUCAUGCUGUGGACUUCAAUAAGCUUGCUACACUUAACAAUUUCAAGGAAAUUAUGCGGGAUGAAGAAGGACGCCUGAAACCAGUUGUUCUGAUUUCAUCUGAUGGAGGACCCGAUGAAAACCCGAGAUAUCCAAAGGUUAUUUCCCAUGCCAUACACCACUUUGUCAAGCAUGAUUUAGAUGCAAUAUUCAUUUUUACGAAUGCACCCGGCAGAAGCGCAUUCAACCGUGUUGAGAGAAGAAUGGCGCCUUUAAGCCGGGAAUUAUCUGGACUCAUACUUCCGCAUGAUUUUUAUGGAACUCAUUUGGAUGAGCAAGGGAGAACAAAAGAUCAUGAUCUCGAAAAAAUGAACUUUCAGAAGGCUGGAGAAGUUCUCACAGAAGUAUGGACUAAUAUGGUUAUCGACGGCCAUGACGUCGUAGCAGAGUACCUCGAGCCCGAUGACACUGCUGAAAGCUUUGUUCCAGACUUGCCUUCUCUGCAGUGGUAUAGCGAGCAUGUGCGAGAGAGCCAAUAUUUGCUUCAGGUGGUGAAGUGUGAUGACCGCGCUUGCUGUGGAGAUCUGCGGAGUUCUCUUCGAUCUAUUCUUCCUGCACGCUUCGUUAUACCUCCUUACCCAAUUUUGCAGUCGUCUAGUGGUCUAUGUAUUCCGAAGCCUCAAGAGCAUGAUGGCAAGACGUUUGCUACAUUUCUUCUGCGUCGGUCUCUUGGAAUCACCCCAACGCAUGAGGGCUUUAACAAAUUGCCGUAUGACCUGUAUUGCCCUAGUCUGCAAAAGGAUCGUCGGCAACUUAUGGAAAGGACGUGCCAGUGGUGUGGAUUGUACUUCUGUACAAAGAAGAAAGUUAAGGAACAUGUAAAUUCAUGUCACAAGCAACCUAAUCCGAGCAGUAAUAGUGUAGAGAUGCACAAUGUUCGUCCUUCACGCAUCCUCACGCGACGAUCAAUCGGCAGAUCGAAAGAAAUUCUCUGCGUUGUGCGUGAAAAUGAUGACACCGAGUGGCUUGAUGAAACCGAUGUUGAUUUUCAACAAAGCACAGUGCCAACAACUGACCUGCAAGAUGCUUAUCCAGUUGUUAGUGUUGAAGAAUGUCUUGCUAAUCCAUGGUCCGAGGACAAUAUACAUUAAAUAUAUUCAUGUACUAGAACAAUACAUGUUUUUCCUAUGAUUACACUCUUCGUUUAUUAUUAUUGUUAUGGCAAUAAAAAAAAACUUUCAACCUGGUGUAGAUAUUUUUAUUAUGGUCCUUAAUUUCAGAAUAAAAUAAGAUUAUAGUUUAUACCCGUAUUUAAAUUAAGAUAAUAUUCAUAAAAUUUUAAGAUUCUUUGUAGGUACUAAAAAUACACGUGAUGUUGAGAAGGGGGAGGGGGGGUGGUCUUAAACCUCACUACGUAUCACCAAUGGGGGAGGGGGGGUUAAAAAAUGCUAAAAAAAGAUCACGUGAUUAAUGGAUAACCCCUUAUCUUCUGGUAUUCUGAUAAAUUGGAAUUGGCAAGUAGUAGGGUUCCCACUAGGAAUUGAAAAUUUUCAACAUAUAAAUAAAUUAUUUUUGUAUGUAUAGAUAUCAAUAUAUAUUCAAAUAAUUAAGGAUUGUUAAUAAAAGCAUUUUCAUGCAUAAAUUAAACUUUGUUAACAAUUCCUCGAUGUUAUGGAUAAAAUCUAAGUACAUUAAGUAGAUAACUUUUUACC